AUGGCUGGUUUGGAUUUAGGAAGCGCUUCACGCUUUGUUCAAAACCUUCACAGACCAGACUUGCACUUGCAACAACAGCAGCAACAGCACCACCCCGAUUCGGAAGACCAAGAAACGCCGAACCGCGGAGCGGCGCCGUUUUCAGGCGAAGACGAUGACCGAAGCCAAGGCCUGGAGCUAGGCUCGGGUGGACCCGGUGACGUGGUGGGUCGGCGUCCACGUGGCAGGCCACCAGGCUCCAAGAACAAGCCGAAGCCGCCGGUGAUCAUAACAAGAGAGAGCGCCAACACGCUAAGGGCUCACAUCCUCGAAGUCGGAAGCGGCUCCGACGUGUUCGACUGCGUCACCACCUACGCGCGGCGUCGCCAGCGCGGGAUCUGUAUUCUCAGCGGCAGCGGCACCGUUACCAACGUCAGUCUCCGGCAGCCUGCGGCGGCGGGAGCUGUCGUCACGCUCCACGGACGGUUCGAGAUACUCUCGUUGUCGGGCUCGUUCCUGCCGCCGCCGGCUCCUCCGGGGGCGACGAGUCUGACGAUAUAUCUUGCCGGCGGGCAGGGGCAGGUGGUCGGAGGGAGUGUGGUGGGGGAGUUAACGGCGGCCGGGCCGGUGAUUGUGAUUGCGGCGUCGUUCACGAACGUGGCGUAUGAGAGGUUGCCGUUGGAUGAGGAGGAACAGCUUCAGAUUCAGCCACCAGGUGCGGCGGGGUCUCAGGGUUCCGGUGGCGGUGGUGUUGGGAAUAAUGGUAACCCUUUCCCUGACCCUUCUUCGGGGCUUCCUUUCUUCAAUUUGCCGCUUAAUAUGCAGAAUGUUCAGUUACCUGUGGAUGGUUGGGCGGGAAACUCAGCUUCACGUCCACCACCUUUUUGA